AUUUCCCAGAACACAACCGAAUCUUGGCAACUUUUUUUUUUUUCUCUGUCUCUUUCUCUUUUAUAAUACAUUAAUACUCUUAUAGAAAACAAUGUCGUUUAAUGAUUUGGAACAAGGAUAUGGAUCAUCAGGAUCUCCAAGAAACAAUCGACAAGGUGUUAUCCACUUACCAGAUGACGAUGAACAUGAAUACAAAAGUUUAGUUCAACGAGUAUCACAACAAGUAUUUCGUAUCAAUGGGAAUAUUACCAGCAUAGAACGGUUAGUCAAUUUUUUGGGAGGACCAAGAGAUACAGCUGACGUACGCAACAAGUUACAUGAUGUGACAGAAGCGACCAGGGAACUUAUCAAGGACUCAACCAAUGAUAUCAAAUCUCUAGCGCAAUAUCAAACGGUGGAUGGUCGAAAAUCGCGUCAACGAAAAUUAGAACAACAAAAAUUAUCCAAAGAUUUCCAAAAGGUACUAAGUGAUUUUCAAAGAAUUCAACGAUUAUCAGCAAGCAAGCAACGAGAAUAUGUAGAUAAGGCCAAGGCGACAACUGCUAUGUUACAAUCUCAAGUUUCAUUGGAUGAAGUAGCUGGAGCAGAUGAUCAAGCAUCAUUGGCUGACGAUACACAACGACGUAUUCAAUUACAAGCUCUGGACAAUGAAAUCGAAUACAAUGAAGUUUUGAUCACUGAACGGGAAGGGGAAAUUCAAGGAAUUGAACAAGGUAUCAGUGAAUUGAAUGAAAUCUUCCGUGAUUUGGGGAUGUUAGUUAAUGAACAAGAUAGUGGCAUUCAAAGCAUCUAUGGAAAUGUGAUCAAUAUUGCUCAAAAUACUCGACAGGCAGCGGAUGAACUUACAACAGCGAAUCGACAUCAAAAGAAUGCAAGGAAAAACAUGUGCUGCUUCUUAUUAAUCAUUGCUGUGGUCGCCUCCGUUUUGGCUUUGAUUAUUGUUGUGGCCAAGUAAUCAUGUAGUUUGUAUUUGAUAGUUUUUUUUAUUCCUUUUGUUUUAUUUUUAUGUUUCUCUUCUUUAUGAUAACCUCCAACCAUUCAUCAUCAUCUUUCAUUUUUUUUUAUUUACUUUAUAUGAUAUCCUCCCUUUUUUUUAAUAAACCUUAUCCUUUUUGAUCGUA